AUGCCGACCAAAAUGCAUCGUCGGCUGUAUCUUCUCUUUCUCCUCCUGCUUUCCCCCUCCCCAGAGAUCAUCCCGUGCCUAAAUAUGCACCACAUCAGAGUGCUAGCGCUGUAUAACGCGAUGUGCAUGUUCUGGAUCCCCAAUGCCGAACGUCAUGCCCUGCGGCGAAAUAUGCACCACAUCAGAGUGCUGGAUCUUUCAUCUCCUCGUGCGCCUCUGCCCCAUGUAAUCAACAACCUCGGCGGCGUAUCACUAACCACAUCUUCUUCCGUCUUUAAUUUUUUGGGUCUACGGACCACUACUCUCGGUGGUAAGCCUACGGGCCACUUCCUCUUGACGGCCUACGGGCCACUUACUCUUGGCGGUCUACGGACCACUUCUCUCGAUGGCUCAUUACUAACUACAUCUUCUUGGCCUAUGGACUGCCUGUUCUCGACGGGUUUGACCCCCACCAAGUAUGCGCAUCCCUUUAUUACUAACUACACCUUCCUGGUCUAUGGACUACUUGUUCUCGACGGUCGAGGCUCUCAUGGUCUGGCGUCUAAUGCAGGUCAUCCUCUGUGGCAGCCCAUUCUCAUGAUCCGAUGCUCUAAUAUAAACAUCGGAUACGACAUGGGCUUCGUUCAAGUGCCUGUACGAUUUCAGGACCCAUGGAUCCCAGGCACUCUUCGUACAUGGCCAUUGCGAUCCGUCUGUGCGAGGAAUGCGGAUUCUGUCGGGUGGAUCUGGGAGCUGAUUCUUGGGACAGUUCCUGGCCUGGAGUACGGACACCUUGAAGCGGUUAGGAUGUCAUGACAUUAGUGCGACAGCAUGGG